ACAAGAGCUUAUUCUCCAAUCUUGCUUAAAAUCUCACAUUACUAAAACUAGUUUCCUCUAAAGCCCACUGUUCUCUUCUCUCGUAUUCUCACAUUUCUUCCUUCGAAAAAUCCCACCUUCUCUCUCCUCUGAACACUUCAAGAGUUUCUAUUGCUGUACAAUGAACAUGGUUGCAUGGAUAAGCUUUAUCACAGACCGCUUAGCUGUUUCUCUCAAAUAUGCACAAAAAUCGUCUAAUUUUUGUUCUUUUUCCACUCAACCAUUGAACCCCUCUUCAAUCAAUGAAUUAGCCAACCUGUGCUCGAGGGGACGCCUGAAAGAAGCAUUUGAGAGCUUCAAAUUUGAAAUAUGGUCAGACCCAAAUCUUUUUUCCCACUUGAUUCAUGGUUGUAUAUCCAAAAAGUCUCUUCCAUGGGGAAAACAGCUUCAUGCUCUGAUAACCACUUCUGGGUGUUAUCUAGACAAGUUUAUUAACAACCAUUUGUUGAACAUGUAUGGCAAACUUGGGGAAUUAGACACUGUAUUAGUGUUGUACCAUGUGAUGCCGAGGAAAAAUGUAAUGUCUUCCAACAUUUUGAUUAAUGGGUAUGUUCAAAGGGGUGAUUUGGAGAGUGCCCAAAAGGUAUUCAAUGAUAUGCCUGAACGAAAUGUCGCAACUUGGAAUGCAAUGGUCAUAGGGAUGAUGCAGUAUGAGCACAAUGAGGAAGGUCUGGACUUGUUUUCGAGGAUGCAUGUACUGGGGUUCACCCCGGAUGAGUUUACCCUGAGUAGUAUGCUUCGAGGAUGUGCUGGUUUGAGAGCUUUGUUCUGUGGGAGGGAGGUCCAUGCUUAUGCCAUUAAAAGUGGUCAUGAUCUGAGCUUGGUCAUGGGCAGUGCAUUGGCUAAUAUGUAUAUGAGGUGCAAAAGUUUGGAGGAAGGAGAGAAAAUCAUUCAAGGGAUGGCCAUCCACAAUGUGGUGGCAUGCAAUACUCUUAUUGCUGGAAGAGCACAAAAUGGGUACCCUGAGGGUGCUUUAGAGCAGUACAGUUUGAUGAAAAAGGCGGGAUUUCAACCCGAUAGGAUUACAUUUGUUAGUGUCCUUAGCUCAUGUUCUGAACUGGCCAUCCUAGGACAAGGCCAGCAAAUACAUGCUGAGGUGAUAAAGCGCCGGGCUACCGCGGUAGUUCCAGUGAUAAGUUCAUUGAUAAGCAUGUAUUGCAGAUGCGGAUGCUUAGAAGAAUCAAUCAAAGCUUUUUUGCAGUGUAAAGAUGCAGAUAUUGUCCUGUGGAGCUCGAUGAUUUCUGCUUAUGGGUUCCAUGGCAAAGGAGAGGAAGCCAUUGAAAUUUUCAAGCAAAUGGAGCGACAAGGACUGGUGGCAAAUGAGGUCACUUUCUUGAGCUUGCUAUAUGCUUGUAGUCAUUGUGGCCUGAAGGAUGAAGGGCUUAAAUAUUUUGACCUAAUGGUCGAGAGAUAUGGAUUAAAGCCCUGGUUAGAGCAUUACACAUGUGUCGUUGAUCUACUUGGGCGUACUGGCUGUCUCGAGCAAGCAGAAAACUUGAUAAGAUCAAUGCCCACGAAACCAGAUGCUGUUAUAUGGAAAACUUUGUUAUCUGCUUGUAAAAUCCAUAAAAAUGCUGAUAUGGCUAAGAGGAUUGCAAAAGAGGUCCUUAAGCUUGAUCCUCAGGAUUCAGCUUCCUAUGUUCUGCUUGCAAACAUCCAAGCCUCUGCAAAGAGGUGGGAUGAAGUUUCGAUUGUGAGAAGAGCGAUGAGAGAUAGAAGAGUAAAGAAAGAACCCGGUAUUAGUUGGUUUGAGUUCAAAAAUGAGGUUCACAACUUCACUAUGGGAGCUAAGACACAUCCUAGAUCAAUGGAGAUCUGCUUCUAUCUGGAAAUCUUAUUGUCAGACAUAAAAAAGAGCGGGUAUGUUCCUGAUACUGGAUCUGUUUUGCAAGAUAUGGAUGUAGAAGCAAAGGAGCAUAAUUUGGGCCAGCACAGUGAGAAAUUGGCUAUAGCAUUUGCUCUAAUGAUUACUCCUCCUGGUUUUCCUAUUAGGGUGAUGAAGAAUCUGCGUGUUUGCACUGAUUGUCAUACUGCAAUCAAGUACAUCUCUAGGCUGAAGGACAGGGAGAUUAUAGUCCGCGAUGCUAGUAGGUUUCAUCAUUUUAAGAAUGGUGAAUGUUCUUGUAGAGAUUACUGGUAGGAUAGUUUUUUUUAUUUGGUGAAAUGGUAGGGUAGUUGACAGCAGUAAGUUUGGACUGUUCAUGCAUAUAUGUUCAGGGGCUAGACGUAGAUAGCUGGAAAUGGUGAAAAUAUUGUAUUGGUUGAACAAGAAGUUUGUACACAUAUUGAGCCAACAAGAAGUUCAGAUUUAUAUUUAUCUUAUUGAUCAGUA